AUGUCGCAGCUUUCGCAACCGCCAGAGGGACCCUCAGAUUAUUCGCAGCAGCUUCAAUCCUUUUCACCACAAUCCAACGACAGCCCCACUGUUGGCCGGCAUCACAAUCAUUACACGCCGAAUAGUUCUACGCCCUCAGACACUGUCAAGAGGUCGAAUCGGAGGGCCGCUCCUAGUCCUCUCCAAACCAGUACGACUGCUGCAUCUCCUCCCAGCAGUGUGACGCCGACAAGAAGUACCUUCCACAGAACCGGCGCCGAUCAUAUUCUUGCUUCUGCAGUCUCUCCUAAUCAUAGCCCUCAGGAAACACCUCGAUCGCCAAAGGAGCGUCUGGACGAUCUGCUGGCCUCAGAGAGAAGUUUUUACAAUUCUGAAGGCGAAAACUCUAGCCCUCACGGCUCUUCCAGAGAAAAGAAACCGUUUCCAUUCGGUCAGGUCCUCAAAGAUACGACGAAUGGUACAUCGCGGAGCGUCUCUGAUUCUGUCAUAAACCCGAAGCCUGUGGGAGGGAGCUCGAUUUCAGAUUUCCGACCAAUGCCAGCUACGGCUCCCCAACAUCGUCAAGAUAUGGCUCGGCCACCUCCCCGAACGUCUUCCAUCGACUCGGCAAUAUCUACGAUCUCGACGAAUGCCACUUCUCAAGAUGCAAAAUCCUCUAGCCCGCCGGAUAUCGGCAAGCUUAUACAAUCUGCAGGGUCGCCAGAAGCAGUGAUACAGUAUCUGCUCAAGGAGAAAUCGUCGCAAACAGCGCAGAACGACCAGCUAUGGCGUCUCGUAGAUAAGCAGAGAGCAAUGAUCCUCGGCUUGAAUAAGGAUCUUGAGCGAGCGUUAAAGGACAAAGAGCGGUACCGGAAGAAACUGAAGGAGAGCCUGGCCCAAAUGUCAAAUCCUUCGCCAGUCGAUUCCACUCAAGGCCGAGCAGGAUCUGAUGCCGGGUCUAUAACCUCAGAUUUUCGCCCUACGGAAAAGCCCAGCUUGGAGAAUGUUAGUUCAAUGGUAUCUAGCUUGCGAGAUCUUCCUAGCCAGGAGGAUGAUCACCCACCGUCGCCGAUCGAUGUCGCGUUGGCACCAUAUCCCAUCACUCCGCCAGCCAAUCUUGCUCCCAGUCAGACUCCCGCCUUAGCGAAUCUCGUGGAAGCCGAGCAUAAAAUGCCGUCCCCAACACAGCACGCUUACCAGCAGUACAAUCCGGAUGCAGCUGUUACUGGUGAAUUUGAAGCUGGUCAACAGCAGAAAAAGACUGAAGUCGCCAGGGAAGUACCGUAUAAUGCGUCGCUGCCCCCAUCGAGAAGCUUGCCAUCAAACCCUCCACGAGGACCUCCACCUAAUAUCCCACCUCCAAAAGCACCCAUGUCUAGCCAAACCCCUUCAUUGUCUUUGAUUGAACCGUCUCCAAAUCCAGAUGAAGGGCUACGAGCCUUCCCGCCGCCUCCUCGUAAAGCUCCGCCAGCGCCGUUGAAUCUGGGAAAGAAGGCCGUCAGUGCUAGUUCACACCUCCGACAAGCCUCAGGAACUGGCGAUGAUUCGGACUCCGACUAUGAUGAUAUCCUAGAAGUCGAUGAGAUCCCCACAUUUCCGGAGAGAGGGAGGAGGAAGACUCGCGAAGCUGACGAUCGAGAGCGCGAACAAGCCGCGCUGAGAGAAGCUGAAAUGCGAAGCUUGUCGAAGAAGAGUCAAGGUAGCGCGAAGGGAACUUCGAAAUCCGGGACAACAACACCGAAGGAUGGCACUGUAGAUCCAGUACCGAAACAUCGACCGACAGUUCCAAUCGCACCACCUAACGCUCAUCUCCAACACAUGUCACCUAAUUCGAACUCUGGUUCUUUGGCGGGUAUGCUCAGCGAUGCCUCUGAGCCCAUACACACGAGAAUGAUAUCUCCUCCUCUUAUGAGUCCCGGACUACCUCUCAGUCCCCGACCCAUUGACCGAGGAAUGAGUUCUCCUCUCCCACGUCAUCCGAGCAACUCUUCUUUCGGCUCGCCGCCACUCUCCCCACGUGGAAUGGGAGCAUUCCCAGGUGGCAUUCCUCUGUCUCCCCGAGCUCCUCGAAUGCCCAUCCCACUCCCCCCGAACACACCAAUGUCAAUAACUUCGCCUGGGCUACCUCGUGGAGAGCCUCUGCAGUUGGUAUCGCCCAAGCCAUUAGUAUUUACCAAGGUGGCCGAAGAUGAUGGCAGUAAGGAUGAGUCGCCUAUUCGAGAUAGUCCUCCCAGCUCAAUCUACCGUGGUUUGGCGACUGACGAGUAUCCCGAUUUGCUACUUGCUCCUAAUGCACUUCCUUCAAUUGACGUCAAGGUCGCUUCUUCUCGCUUGAAGCCCUCCAGAGCAAGUCUCAUGUUCCCUAAGAACUUCGAAGAAGAUCCUGUCUUUACACUCGCCGUGUACAGUCGGUCCGAAGGGCGGGAGUUAUGGCGGGUUGAGAAGGAUUCGACCUCUCUGGCACGUCUAGACCAGCAGCUUAAGCAGUCAGCAUCGUUCACUGCUAGAACCCCAGACAGGUCAUUAUUCAGCGGCCACGCGCCUGCCAAAGUGGACGCAAGACGAGCAGCUCUCGAUACGUACCUGGAUGAAAUCUUGAAUACCCAGAUGGAUACUUCGUCUGCCUUGGAAAUUUGCAGAUAUCUCUCAACUAAUGCUCUGUCCCCCGUCAAGGAAGACUCAACUCCCGACUCCCCCAACUCUAGUCCAGUCAGAACCGGUCCUGGCGGGAGACCAUUGAAAGAUGGCUAUCUGACCAAGAGAGGUAAAAACUUUGGUGGCUGGAAAGCUAGGUAUUUCGUUCUUGAUGGUCCGAUAUUUAAGUAUUAUGAAUCUCCAGGUGGACCUCAUUUGGGAACGAUCAAACUUCCGAGUGCACAGAUCGGCAAGCAACAACAGCAAGCAGAUCAUUCCCCAUCUCAUGGUGAGGCAGAGGAUCCAGAAAACCAAUAUCGGCAUGCGUUUUUGAUUCUGGAACCGAAACGAAAGGAUUCAAGCAGCCACGUGAGGCACGUUCUUUGCGCCGAAAGCGAUGGUGAGCGAGAUGAGUGGGUAGAGGCGCUCCUAAAAUAUGUCGAUAUCAAAGAUCCAGAAGAAGAAGAAGCUCGUGUUCGAGAACACACUCGAACUAGCUCAGGCGGAUCUGGUCAUGUCAGCAAACCGAAAAAGAAGUCUCACGGUGUUGAUCGAAGUCAGACCUUACCUGAUUUGCAGGAAGAUGGCUUGCGCGGCGUCAGCUACGAGACUACCAAACAAGGUAAUAUUCCUCAUAGCGUGAAGCAGAAGAUUUCGGGCACCCCUUCGCCGCCGACAUAUGGACGUGAAAAGGACCCCAUGAGCCAAAUUCCACAUUCGCAGUCCGCAAAGACUAUUUCUGCACCCAAAAAUGCCCAUGUUAUCCAAGAUAGCGGUACUUGGGGCAACCGCCAAAAUAUGCUUGCACCUGCCAGUGAUGUGAAACAAAAGAAGAGGAGCUUUUUCGGGUUCGGAUCAAAGCCUCGAGCUUCAACUGAAAACCAGGAAUCGAAUGGUGGUGACGGUCAGUCGAGUUUGUCUCAAAUGGCGUUUGAGCAGCAUGGCCCUAUCAGGGCUGUUUUUGGCGCGACUUUGAGCGAGGCAGUCCGGUUCAACCACCCAGCUGAUGUCAACAUCGAGCUGCCAGCAGUUGUUUACCGAUGUAUCGAGUACCUAGAUGCGAAAAAUGCUGCUGGUGAAGAGGGAAUUUUCCGAUUGAGUGGUUCGAAUGUGGUGAUUAAGCAGCUCAGGGAGCGAUUCAAUACCGAAGGAGACGUCAAUCUCGUUACCGACGACCAGUACUACGAUAUUCACGCGGUGGCUUCACUUCUGAAGUUGUAUCUGAGAGAGCUUCCAAGCACCAUCCUGACACGUGAACUCCACCUCGAAUUUCUAGCCGUCACAGAAUUAACCGAUGUCAACGACAAAGUCAGCGCGCUCAAUGGUCUUGUGUACCGGCUUCCCCGAGCAAACAAUGCGUUGUUGCGAUAUCUUUCGGGCUUCCUUAUCAACAUCAUCAACCAUGCUGAUACCAAUAAGAUGACGGUUCGUAACGUAGGCAUUGUAUUCUCGCCAACUCUCAAUAUACCUGCUCCAGUCUUUGCUCUUUUCUUACAGCAGUAUGAUGGGAUCUUUGGUGAGGAUCCUCAUGAUCAACCUGGAUCUCCUGUGGUUGAAAUAUCAGUCUCUGCUCCGCCGUUGAGUCCAGAUGAUAUUAGAUCUCCUCGCCGACAGAAGUUUCAGCAAGAUCUGCCUACGCCAUCAUACAAUCAACAGUCUUUCGCUCAACAGAUGGCGCCAUUAUCUUUCCCUCAGUCACAAGGUCGUCAGCAACCAGGUUACGAAACCGGCUUCACACCUCUACAGCCAGCUUACGAACAACAAACUAUUGGGAGCUUUCCAUUGAUGGCAGGGCCAGAGUACGGUAGAACGGCACCAACUCUUGCGGGACCAGCAUAUGAUCAAUAUGCAAGUAAUAAUGCCUCAGUGAGCAAAUCAAAGCGAAGAGAAAGCACAAUGUUUGGCUUAGGAAGCUCUUUGGGCGGACAACGAAAACCAAGCAAUCAACAGAUGAGAGCGGCAGAUGGUCGUCUCGUCGACGAUCAAUCAUUCUUCGAAUAG